AUGCGACUUCUCGUUCGUCUACUGAUUUGUGCAUCCUAUUUCUACAAUGUUCUUAUUUCCACACAACAUCAUUAUUUCUCGAAAAAUCCCAUUAAUCAUGUUGUUUUAGACGAAGACAAGAUCUAUAUAGGAGCGGUGAAUGAGCUGACAAUAUUGUCAGUUGACGAACUUCUUCCAUUACAUACCGUAUCCACGGGUCCCGUAAAGGAUUCUCCACUUUGUAAUGCAGAUGGAAGUAGUUGUUUGAAAGAUGCAGUGCUACAAGAUACGGACAAUCACAACAAGGUGUUGCACGUCCUUCCUGAAGGAGUACUUCAUUGUGGAUCAGUGCGACAAGGGAUAUGUUCGGUGCGUUCACGGCGGAACUUAUCCGCUAUAUACUCCGGAGAGGUGCCUGUAGCGUCGAAUUCUCCCGGCGCAUCGUGUGUCUCCAUGGUUUUACCGGAUCGUCGAUUUGCCGUUGCCGCAUCCUAUUCUGGCGAUUCACCGUACAGGGACCCGUUCCCGGCGGUUGCGCUUCGGGAGCUGCCCAGUUUUUCGGUGGUUAACUCAGGUAGCCUCGAAGGUGAAGCGGCUGUAUUUCUACGAGCUGAGGUCCGAUCCUCAUUUUCUAUUCACUAUCUGAACAUAUUCCAUCAUCAACAUUAUGUGUAUAUUGCUGCGGUACAAUCGCAGGACACUCGAAAGAUUCGGGGUGCUACGAGAGUUGCGAAGUUGUUGAGAUUUUGCGAUAACGAUACGAGAUUUGUCUCCUACUCUGAAGUAGAGUUACAAUGUCGGACGGAGGACAACGCAAAUUUUCCGUACAUGACCGCUGCAUAUGUUCAAGGAGACAUCCUCAUCGGCGCCUUCUCACCCUCUCCAUCUGAAACACGAUCUGCAAUCUGCGCUUUUUCUAUGCAACGACUGAAGUUGACCUUUUGGUACAACAUCGACCGCUGUCGAGGUGGUGCCGACUCAAUCGGACUCCCUCAUGUCGGCAGGGACGCGAAGUGCAUCAAUAAAUCACGCAUUCCUCUGGAUGAGGACACAUGUGAGUUGGGCGUUGGCGGUUCAAUCGAAGCUGUGGAGGUGGCAAGCGUUGAGUUGAAUCAGAAAAUCACUGCGCUGAGCGGUUUCAUUUCACCGCAAAUCGUUUUAGCUGGAACAGAAGAUGGAGAAAUACUGCAGUUCAAGUCCAAGUCGUCAUCGAGUCUGGAGCAGUACGACCGCAGGAGUAUUGGUGACGAUCGAUUAGGUUCACGUGUACAGCAGUUGGAUAUUCGAGAGACUACGAUAUAUGCAACGCUGCCAAAUGGGAUAGUGACCCUUCCAUUGGCAUCGUGUCACACUCUUUUGUCGUGCUCAGCUUGCAUCUCGUCACCCGAUCCGAUGUGCCGAUGGUGUCCGGCAACCGGAAAAUGCACUGCGGCAAUGCAUUGCCCUUCAACGACGGUAAGCGUUUGUCCUGAAAAGAAUGGACCACCUUCACCUGCUUCUAUCUCUAUCGACAAUCCGAAGAAUAUCUCGCUUCCCGUCAAACAUCUGCCUCAACCAGAUGGAUUUACAUACGUGUGCCAGUUCGGGUCACUAUCAAGCCCUGCCACUUGGACAGAGGUUGGCGUCUCAUGCUCGUCUCCUCCCGUACGUCUGUCAAACAAAAUGCCAUCGUCGUUUACCGAACUGCUUGUGCUCACUACUUCUGCCGGCUCUUAUCACAUAGUGGAACACAAUUUCACCAUCUUCAACUGUGGUGCCUUUAAAACCUGCUCCUCAUGCAGUUCCUCUGAAACUGGCUGCGAUUGGUGUACGAUAUCACACAAAUGUGUUUCAAGUGGAAACUGUGCUGGGGAGAAAUCCGAAGAAUGUGUGCACAUCAAGCGACCGUCGCAACUUUCGAUUCCGAGGGGAAGUUCGCAAGAGAUUUCGUUCUCUGUGGCUCACUUGAGUCGUUUACCUACGGAUCGCGACUACUCUUGUAGGAUAUUGCUGGAUGGGGUACCGAUUUCUGCUAAGGCAGUUCUUCUAAAGGAAUCAGUCAAAUGUAUGCCGAUGCGGUUGUCAUAUCUCGAUCCACUACCGAACGUUACUGCUCCACUGGAAUUUAUGCAAGAUGAGGAUGUCGUGGACAGCACGGAAGUGCUGGUGUAUUCGUGCUCCAUGCUGGCAGCUGAUUGUUCCUCAUGUGUUUAUAUUUCUUCCUCCUGGAACUGUUCAUGGUGUAGUGGACGUUGUUCUCACGAUUGUCCUCAACCAGCUCAAGAAGUCGUCUGUGAUCGACCAUUGAUCACUUCGUUCUCACCAAGCAGUGGACCGAUGGUAGGAGGCACCGAAAUCACAAUUUACGGAAGAGACCUAGGAUCGUCAGUCGAAGACGUGAAAGACCGCGUAUUUGUCGCUGGAAGUCGUUGUUCAGUGAUCCAUUACGAGAUAUCCAAGAAGAUCGUCUGUCGAGUCGAAAAGGGCAGUUCAUCCGGACCGAUUCGUGUCGCAAUCGGUAGAGCGAGUUCGAGAGCGGCUGAAUCAGUUAUGUUGUACUCAUUCGUGGAUGUCGCUGUAUUCUCCGCGUAUCCGCUUGUCGCUCCAGUUUCUGGAGGAACAAAGAUCACCUUACAUGGACAGAACCUCGAUGCUGGCUCGAAUGUUACUGUAGAUAUCGGAGAUGUUCCAUGUGGUAGCAUUGUGCGAAACUCUACUUCCUCGCUGACGUGUAUUGUUACGAAGGCUUCAUCGGCUAUGAAAGCUCGAAUCAGAGUGAAAAUUGAUCAGGCCACCAUGAAUGUCCCGAACAGUUUCGAAUUCCGUCCAGAUCCAUCAAUUUCUUCCGUAUAUCCUCUAGUAAGCUUCAAAUCAGGAGGAAGGACGGUCACCGUUGAGGGGACUAAUUUCGAUGUAGUGCAGUCGGCGCGGAUAUUCUUCGUUUCUUCCACGGCACCACCGUUCGAAGUGGUUUCUACGUUCUCUUCGUGUCAAAUACAAAAUGCAACUUUUAUGUUCUGUCUGACUCCUCAACUACUUCCAGGACCACAUUCAAGGACCGCUUAUGCAAGGUUCCCGGUGGGAUUCGCAAUGGAGAACGUGACAUCAGUACGAAAUCUCGGCCAUCGCAUACAAAUGAGGGUGGUGCCGGAUCCGGAAUUCGCUCCUUUUAAAGGAGUUCGUAUUCAUCAAGGUGAUCAACCGCUGAUUCUCGAUGGUACACAUCUAAAUGAGGCAGCAGAGCCGCAGGACUACAAGAUUUUCGUUGGAUCCGAAAGAUGCUACGUCACUUUGGUCGACUCCCGCCAACUGGUUUGUUCUGGUCCAGCAACGCAACCUGAGGCAACUGAUGAGCGUGGUGUUCCUAUCGUUGGUGGACUUCCUUUGGUGUCGGUGACCGUGGGACGACUUCGGACUGAGCUGGGACUAAUCGAAUAUGUUGAUCCAAUAGCGACUCUUCGUCUUUGGGUCCUCGUAAUCACAGCACUUGCUGCAUUGUGUUCUGUGCUUGUUCUUCUUGCUUUUCUCUGGAAGAAACGAAGAACGGAGCGGGAAAGAGACUACAGGAAAAUCCAGAUGCAGAUGGAACACCUUGAGAGUAACGUGCGCAAAGAGUGCAAACAGGCAUUCGCUGAAUUGCAAACAACAAUGGAAAGUUGCGGUGAGGACGACUAUGAAGGGAUGGAUGUCACCACAUUUCCCGAAUUUCUACAUCGUCUACUAUGGGAGGACAAUGGGUGGACACAUUCAACAUCACUUUAUGUUUCUACAUUACCUGUAACAUUGGCCCAAUUCGACGCUCUACUCAGUAGCAAGCAAUUCGUUUUUUCUAUUGUUGAAACAGCCGAGUCGGAGCCAACAAUGUCGCCUGGAGAGAAGAGCAUGCUUUCAUCACUAUUAAUUGCAGUACUGCUUCGAAAUUUCCAGUACUGCACGGACAUCGUACUUUCGCUUCUGCGAGCACACAUUGCUAAGAGUGUCCACGCUGGAAAUAGUGAGUUACUCUUCCGCAAAAGCGACAGCGUCGUUGAGAAAAUGGUCGCGAAAUGGUUGACAAUCUGUCUCUACGAAUCCAUUUCACAAUAUCAAGCGCACAAGUACAACACCUUAUUCAAAGCGCUCAAAUAUCAAACUGAGAGAGGACCUGUGGAUGCUGUGACUGGCAAUGCUCGAUAUACAAUCAACGAAUCGAAGCUUCUUCGAGAGAUUGUGGAUUGCUCUUAUGUGGACUGCUUAGUUACAAACUUGGACGGUCGAGGUCCCUAUACUGUUAGAGCAAUAGCUUGCGAUACUAUCUCUCAAUUGAAGCAAAAAAUCUUGGACAACAUCUUCAAGCGAACCCCUCAUAGUCAACGCCCAGCUAUAACUAGCUUUGAUCUAGAGCUGUUCUGUCCAUCACGUGGCCGAAUGCUACUUUCUGACUGGUCAGGACCAAACACGCUGAAAGGGCCAACGAAACUAAACACCCUGUCACACUAUGGGAUUUCGAAUCAAUCUCGCAUUGCUAUGGUUCCUUCUGAGAAGGGUUCUGCUAACUACAGAAAUUCUCUCGCUGAUUCGGGCAAGUCCUCAUGGUCAUCACUCGAUCGUUCUUCUCCUGUUUAUCCACCCGGCCGAUUCUGUCAUUUAUCAAGCCCAUCACGAACUUUGACAAUGGAAAAGAAGAAGAAAAUAGAUGAGAGCAUCCCGAAAUCCAUACCUGAAGUGUACCUUACACGGCUUCUCACAAGCAAGGGAACAGUGCAAAAAUACAUCGAAGACUUCCUCGAGUCCGUGCUAUUCCUAGAAUCAUCGACCUACCCACCUAUUCUUAAAAGAGUCUUUGAUUUACUGGAAGAGGAAGCAGCUCGCAAUGGGAUGACCGACCACCAGCUUACGCAGCAGUGGAAGUCGAACUUGUACAUUCUGCGAGUGUGGGUCCAUCUGAUCAAGAAUCCAAAGAUUCUUUUGGAUGUUUCAGAAUCGAUAAGUCAGGAUGGAAAUUUGUCGGUGGUCGCUCAGACUUUGAUGGAUUGUUUCUCCUUUUCGGAACAAGCGCUUGGGGCUCAUUCACCCAGUUCGAGGUUGCUUUUUGCUAAGGAAGUCGCACGUCUUCGCCCCCUUUCAAGCGACCUAUUUCGAAGGAUUCGAAGGCAGCCACCGGUCUGUGAAGAGACCUUCAUUGAGAGCCUGAAUGAUGUAGCGAACGAUCUGCGCGAUUGCACCCGUUCCACGGUUGCCUUGUCUGAAUUGCUCACGUGGGUUCGAGGGAACGGUGUCCGGUUAAUCGAAGUGCUCUCCGCGGAUGACGUUUGUGCCUCGCAACGUUUGCCGUCAAGGUUAUCUCAGGUUAUCAACUUGUCACUUGAUCCAGCAGAUCACAUAUAUUCCACUAUUCUUGACGAAGCCUGA